CAGCGUUUCCCUGACGUCACGAAUGACACGUAUUCAAAAUGGCGGCCGCAGCGAUGGAGACGUGGUGGGCCUUGCUGCUGCUGCUGCUGUACUCGUUGCCUUUAGUGCAGUCCUUUUAUGUACCUGGAGUAGCUCCCCGGGACUUUCACGAGGGUGAUACAGUAGAUAUUAAGGCAGUGAAGCUGACCAGCUCCCGCACACAGCUCCCGUAUGAGUAUUACUCUCUGCCAUACUGCAAGCCAGAUUCUGUCGUCUACAAGGGCGAGAACUUGGGGGAGGUGCUGCGUGGUGACAGAAUUGUCAACACUCCGUACAAUGUUGAGAUGAACAAGGACAAGAAAUGUGAGGUGGUGUGCAAUAAGAAAAAGCUCAGCGUCCAAGAGAGCAAACUGAUAGCUGAACGAAUACAAGAGGAGUAUUAUGUUCACCUAAUUGCAGACAACCUGCCAGUUGCAACUAGAUUGGAGUUUUACCCCAACAAAGAGGCAGGAGGCGAUGAUGAGCAGAGGAAAGAAGUGGUGAAGGAUGUCCAGUUUGAGCAUGGCUACAGACUGGGCUUUGUUGACAACAACAAGUUUUACCUCCACAACCACCUCUCCUUCAUCUUGUAUUUCCACAGAGAAAAGGUGGAAGAGGGGGAAAUGCAUGAGUACAGAGUAGUGAGAUUUGAGGUCAUACCUCAAAGUGUAAAAGUAGAUGACAUGAAGGCUGAGGAAAAACAAAAAACAUGCACCCUACCCGAGGCCAGUGGCUCUUAUCCACAGGAGAUUGACCCAACCAAAGAAAAUGAAGUGCUGUUCACAUACUCUGUCCACUGGGAGGAAAGUGAAGUGAAGUGGGCUUCUCGAUGGGACACGUACUUGACCAUGAGCGACGUUCAGAUUCACUGGUUCUCCAUCGUCAACUCGGUGGUGGUCGUGUUUUUCCUGUCUGGAAUCCUGAGUAUGAUCAUUAUCAGGACCUUGAGGAAAGACAUUGCCAACUACAACAGAGAAGAUGACAUUGAGGACACGAUGGAAGAGUCUGGCUGGAAGAAUGUGCACGGAGACGUCUUCAGGCCACCGCAGUAUCCCAUGAUCCUCAGCUCCUUGCUAGGAUCUGGCAUUCAGCUCUUCUGCAUGAUCCUCAUUGUUAUCUUCGUCGCCAUGUUGGGGAUGUUGUCACCAUCCAGUCGUGGAGCUCUGAUGACAACAGCGUGUUUCCUGUUCAUGUUCAUGGGAGUGUUUGGCGGUUACUUUGCUGGAAGACUGUACCGCACGCUGAAGGGUCAUCGAUGGCGAAAAGGAGCAUUUUGUACGGCGACAUUGUAUCCUGCUGUCGUUUUUGGAAUCUGCUUCAUCCUCAACUGCUUCAUCUGGGGAGAACACUCAUCAGGCGCGGUUCCUUUCACUACGAUGCUGGCUCUGCUGUGUAUGUGGUUUGGGAUUUCCAUGCCCCUAGUCUACCUGGGAUACUACUUUGGCUUCCGUAAGCAACCUUACGAUAACCCAGUACGCACCAAUCAGAUCCCUCGACAAGUUCCAGAGCAGCGCUGGUACAUGAACAAGUUUGUGGGGAUCCUGAUGGCUGGGAUUCUUCCCUUCGGUGCCAUGUUUAUCGAGCUCUUCUUCAUUUUUAGUGCCAUCUGGGAGAAUCAGUUCUAUUACUUGUUUGGCUUCCUGUUUCUGGUCUUCAUCAUCCUGGUGGUCUCCUGCUCUCAGAUCAGCAUCGUCAUGGUCUACUUCCAGCUCUGCGCAGAGGACUACCGCUGGUGGUGGAGAACCUUCCUGGUCUCUGGAGGCUCUGCCUUCUACGUCCUCAUUUAUGCCAUCUUUUACUUCAUCAACAAGCUGGACAUCGUGGAGUUCAUCCCCUCUCUCCUGUACUUUGGCUACACCAUGUUGAUGGUCCUGUCCUUCUGGCUGCUCACGGGCACGAUUGGAUUCUACGCAGCGUAUGUGUUCAUCAGGAAGAUCUACGCUGCAGUGAAGAUCGACUGAGUCCACAGGGCCCUCCUCAUUUUUCGUCACAUUCUGUUAUUUUUUUAAUAUAUAUUUUUAUUCUUUAUGUCCAUCAAGCACUGACUUGUGUGUCCAGGGGACAAAAUGUGUGCGAUUUUAUACGGUGCAACAGCCCCAUCUACUGGUGAUGUGGGGAAGAACAGCAAGAGUCUCCCUUGCCUCCCCCCUCCCGUCUCUCGGAGACACCGACUGGGUGGGAAUUCUCUGAGCGGACCGUUGUUUUACAGAGCACACAGCACAGCGGGCCAAAGCUUGUCAGACACUUUCUGCACAUUUUACAUUUUUCUCAAUGUUUUUACGUUCGCUCUCGUUGAUUUUGGACUUGACUCCUUUCUGUUGUUUCCGGAGGGGGCGGGGGGGCUUCUCCUGGCGUCCCAUCUCACCCUGAUAUUCCCGUCUCGGAAGCGCGACGAAUCGGGAGAGACCAACUGUGGUUAUGGUGUUUGUUCUGUAGAACUGUUCUGGAUGCAGUCGAUGUUGAUGGGUUUGCACUGUAACAGGAGCAAGGUUAAAUUAAAUGUUGUGUUAUUUUUUA